GAAAGAAAAAGCGACUCCAUCGGUUCAGGUAACAUAUCUCCGGGAGGAAGAGCCCUCGAAGUGGCUGAUCUGACGUUCCCUCCAUCCUCUGCGUGUGCUGCUGUGUGAUGACGUCACCCACGGUGUGGUGCUGGCUGCAGGCCACCGAGUAAGCAAGAGGAUGACGUCGGUUCGGAUGUUGCUGGCGGGUUUGUUGGGCGUGUUGGCCGUGGGCCUGCUGGGCCUUCCCCUCACCCACGGCAAGAACCUCUACACCCAGGAGCUCCACGACGACAGUGAGGGAUGGAUGGGCGCGAGAUCUAUGGAUCUGUGGAUCUAUGGAUGUCGUGGAGGCUCUGUGUGUGGUGUGGAUGGAUGGAUGGAUGCAGCGGACAUAGAGGUGCCCAUGGAGGAGCGCAUGGACGCCAUCAGUGAUAUCGAUAACAACCCCAGUGCCUUCGUUGAGGCUGGUGCGCAGAUAGAAGAUGAGCCAAUGCCGGCCCACCACCGCCACUCGACAUCCGUGCCAUUCCGUGGUCUGAUGGAUGUGUGCAUAUCUGUCUGUGCGUCUGUGUGUGUGCAGGGUCCUCGGCUGAGCUGUCAUCGGGUGCCCAUCUGCAGGUGUCGUUGGCCGCCAUCCAACAUCAUCAUCGCCAUCCGACAUCAAGCAGCUGGAGCGAGGCAAGGGCAGCCACAAGGCCGCCAUAGCGGUGCACCAGGCUGCCAUCGUCACACAUCAAGAGGCCCUCAACGCCAUGGAGGCCGCCGAGCGAAAGAUGAACGCCCUCACCGACCAACCGACCAGCCGCGGUGUGGAUGGAUCAUCGACAUGUGUGUGGGUGUGGUGCAUCUGUGUGUGUGUGUGUGUGUGUGCGUGUGUGGGUCAGGGAAGUGUGCGUACGGGUGUGACGGCUGGGACUACGAAUGCAGGCCGUCACGCGAUGGGGAUAGUUGUGGCGUCGGCUGCAAGUGCUGGAAGAAAAGCUGCGUUGUGAGUACUGACACACUUUGACGACUGGCAGCAACAGACAGACAGAGAGACAGACAGACGCGAAGGAUCUCUCUGUGUGUGUGUGGUCUUCAGGAAGAAGCCGACUACGAGGAGAACGCAUGCAAGGAGGUCAAGAUCAUACACACACACACAUGUCAUUGUCUGUCUGUCUAUGAGUGUGUCUGUGUGUCUGUGUGUGGGUGCAGGAGGAGCAACUGUGUCUGAAAAACAGCGACAAAUGCAAAAAGGCCAAAAAUGGGGCGAAGUGUGGCACCGGCUGCGCGUGCUGGGACAAAAAGUGCAUCGUGAGUACUGACACACUUUCUUUGACGACUGGCAGCAACAGACAGACAGACAGACGCUAAGGAUCUCUCUCUCUCUCUCUGUGUGUGUGUGUGUGUGUGUGUGGUCUCUCUGUGCGUGUGUGUGUGGUCUUCAGCAUAAAUCGAUACACCCCAAAUACAAGAAGGUCAAGCCACACACACACACAUGUCAUUGUAUGUCUGUCUGUCAAUCUGUGUGUCUGUGUGUGGGUGCAGGCUGACUGCCCGUGGAUCCAUGACUGAGGCGGUGAGAGCGCGUCUGGCGGCCGGCCCGGGCAGGUCGGUGAGAGACCACAAACAAACAAGACAGACAGACAGACCUCUAUAUAUCAGCAGCGGCACAUACAUACAAUACAGCAUCAAUCCAAUCCGGCGUCUGUGCGUCUGUGCGUCUGUGUGUGCAGGUAGAUAUGUAGCUGUAGCUUACACACCGACGUGGCUAGGGAGGGGGAGAGAGAGGGGAGAGAGCACUUUGCUUUGCUGACAGCAUCAGACAGACACCUCACCUGUCCGGCUACACCAUUUCUUUUCAGACGGGCGGGCGGGACACACACACACAGAGGGAGAGAGAGAGAGAGUUUGACACACACAGAGGAAUUGGACACACAGGAUUUUGCAAUGUGUGUGUGUGUGUGAUUUGGGUGAUCCACCGUGUGUCUGGCUGUCUGCCUGUGUGGCUGCGCAUCCAAGUGUGUGUCCAUUGCGUCGGUGGAAUGUCCUCUGAUUGAUGGACGGACCGAUUCUUUGCGUGACGCCCUGUGUUCAUCCGUUCAAGCGGUCCAUACGGCGCCGACGAGUCAGUAGUUGAAGCGGUCGACAGUCGACCUAUGUCUUUCCCAACACAAACCAAUCCCCUCGGCCCGCCCACCAUCACACACACACACACAAUAAAGCGGACGAUCGU